AUGAAGGCCGUUCUCCCCGGGAAGCCCGAGUCCGCGUCACAGGCCGUCUCGACUGGAUUCUGGGACUCUCGGCGCAUAAUCGUAUACAUAACCGGCAAUGCCUUCGCCAUCCUCUCGGACCACAAGACCCUCCUUCAGACCGUAUACGACGAUGACGAGUCCCCCCUCCGCGCGAUAGCCUUUGAUGAGGCCAGCGGCAAGAUAGCCACUGCCACCGAUGGCUGGGUGAGGAUUUACAAGCCGUUUGGACAGGAGUUUGAUGCCGUCAAGUGGGCUCUGCAGUCGACCUUUGAGCCUUUUGCAGACGCGGACGGUGAAGCGACUGGCAGCACGCCCAUCUCGCUGUCGUGGGGCGCGUCGGAGGAGCUCCUGGUGGCAAGGGCGGCGCUCAAGGUCUAUCAGACGUCUGAUGCAGACCCGGCAUGUAUAUGGACCAAAGACCUCGCGGGGCCGGUGCAAUGCGCCGAGUUUUCGUACGACUCGGCCUUCAUAGCCUGCUGCGGCCACCUCGACGGCCUGGUCAAGGUGUGGAGGAGGCUGAGCUUCGGGUCCGACGGGGUCCGUUUCGACUUUGUGUACCUGCGGCACCCGGCACCCGUGACGAGGAUAGAGUGGCGGAGGCCUCACCACGUAGAGCAGACCAUGGAAAACGUGCUCUACACGUUUUGCUCGGACAAGGUGCUGCGGGUAUGGGCGCCCGGCGACGCGCACGGUGGGACUUCCCACCUGCAGCUCUGGGGCCAGCUGGAUCUGGCAGAGGCCAUCCAGGGCCGGGAGUCGGAUAUUAGGUGGGCUUUCAUAAUCCACGGACGGGACCUUAGUGCUGCGGUGGAGACGGCUGUGCAAGAAGCAGGGGCUGAGGAGGACGACAUGGGCCUGCAGCACGUCGUGGCCGUGGCGAAUCAAAACCCGGAGCUAUGCGUGGUCAUGGACGCCAGGGGGUGUCUCACGGCGUGGGCGCUAGAGAACGUGGGCGGAGGCAAGGGCGCGUCCAAGAAGGACAGGAAGGUGUUUAAUGCCGCGCAUGUUGUAUCCAAGGACUUUGACUGGAUGUCGAUUCUAUCACUGGACGAGAGGCAACACCGCGUCGCCGUGUACAACUUUUGUAACAAGCCCGGCGGUCACAUGAACAUCCUGAUACACGACUUUCGGGGUACUAUUAGCGUUUACGAGGCCAACGUGGCCGACAUGCUGAUCCAAAGACCCAGCAGCGGCGAUGAACCGAGGCUCAGGUUGCGGGGAAUCUGGUCUGGCCACUCGGGGCCGAUCCGCAAGAUCGUGCGUGAUAUCUCGGGCCGGGCGAUUGUCAGCCGGACGCGGGACGGCGAGUGCAACAUGUGGAAGCACAAGCUCGGGGCCCGCGAGACGAGCCUCGGGCUGCUGGCCAUGGUGGCCGACAUGGGCCACAUGCACCGCAUCUGCGUGCUGCGCAAGGGUCAAUUCGUCGUGUUCCUGCGUGCCGACAGCAUCGCGCUCUGGGACUGUCGGACUUCCACAUCGCCGAGGGUACUGGCCAAGACGGGUUAUACGGUCCAGGGGAAGCCGUUGUGUCUGGUCAGCUUGCCUAAGCAGCAGAACGGAACGGCUGGGGUCGUGCAUAUCGCGACCAUCACAGCGGAGAAAAAGGGUGUCGUGUGGGAGCUUCGACUGCCCGAAUCGCCAAAGGAGAGUGAAAGGGGCAACAAUGCUACUGCCAUCAACGGGAAUGGCAGGAUGUCAGCGUCCAUCAGGGAGUUUUGCAGGUUCGACCUAGAGGGAACCGACGACUUGGCAUAUGUGCUACCUGUAGACCCGGCCGGGUCGUCGCCAACCAUAUCAGGAUUCCUGGACGUGUUCGCGCGGGACGUGGCAGUGUCGUACACGCACCAGGGGCGGGUCGACUUCCUGACGGCGCGAGUGGACACGGAAAACUCACAGGUCGAGUGGCUCACCACAUGCUCCAUGGAGACGGGGCUGCAGAAUCCAAGCCUUGUAAGCGGGAGCACGCUCAAGAGGGCCGCCCUGGUGAACGCCGGUAGGAGCAGCCUGACCAUCUGGGACAUUCGUGGCGCGCGGCUCGAGUACGCGCAGGACUUUGACGAGGGCGGCGUCAUCAACGAUCUGGACUGGACGCUGACGCCCGACAAGCAGUCGGUGCUGGCGGUCGGGUUCCCGCAUCGCGUGGUGCUCCUGUCGGAAAUGCGGUUUGACUACCUCAACAAAGGCCCGGCGUGGGCGCCGAUCCGUGAGAUCAGCAUCCGCGAGAUGACGCCGCAUCCGAUAGGCGAUUCGACAUGGCUUGGCGAUGGGCACCUUGUCAUAGGGGCGGGCAACCAGCUGUUUGUGCACGACCGGCAAUACGACGUGGCCGCAGCGGCUGCCGGCUCGUCGCUGGUGGAGGGCCUGAGACUCGAGAGGCUGCACGGCAAGGGCGCAAGUAGCAGAUGGGAUCUGUUCGACGUGGUGCAGAGGCUGAACGGGCCGCUGCCCGUCUUCCACCCACAGUUCCUGAGCCAAUGCAUGCUGGCCGGAAGAACCGGGCUGCUGAGGAAGAUAUUACUGGCGCUGUGGAAGACGUUAAAGUACUGGGUCGAAGGGGAAGUUGUGGAUGACUACUUGGGACUGGACAUGGGAGAGUUCUACGGUGGUGGUGGUGGUGGUGGUGAUGGCGGCGGCAACACAGAAGGCGGUUCAAGGCAGGAUUCGGGCGGGUUCAUGUCCAGCAGCCGAGACUACGACGUCGACGGGGAGGCGUUUGACGAGGAGCUGGCGCAAAAGAUCAACGAGAAGCUGACGCGGGUGGACCUGACGCAGCUCUCGGGGCACGAGCAGAUCCAACUGGUGGACAUUGUCGAGUGCGCAGGGCUGGUCGAGUCGCAGCGGCGAAGCAUGGACGAGAACGGAGCGCGCUUCGUGCUCUCACUCCGGCAGCACGCGCUGCGCAAGGGCAGGACCAGCGAGGCCCACAUGGGUUGGCGAGAGAUCAACUGGGCGUACCACUCGGAGAGCCAGGACAUACUGGUCGACUUUGUGGAGAGGCAGAACCAUGGGAGCUUGAAGUGGGAGGGAGCCAGGGAGAGUGGCAUGUUUAUGUGGCUAGGUGAUAUUGGGGCAGUCAGACGGCAGUUCGAGGUCAUUGCACGCAACGAGUACACCAAGAGCGACCUCAAGAACCCGGUGGACUGCAGCCUGUACUACCUGGCACUACGCAAGAAGACGGUCCUGCAGGGCUUGUGGCGGAUGGCGUCGUGGAACAGGGAGCAAAAGGCGACGCAGAAGCUGCUCGCCAACAACUUUGAGGACCCAAAGUGGCGGACGACGGCGCUCAAGAACGCCUACGCGCUCAUGAGCAAGCGUCGGUUCGAGUACGCGGCUGCCUUCUUCCUCCUGGCCGACCACCUGCACGACGCCGUCAACGUGUGCCUGAAUCAGCUGAGAGACAUUCAGCUCGCGAUUGCCGUCGCGCGCGUCUACGAGGGCGAUGGCGGUCCCGUGCUGAGGCGGCUGCUCGAGGAGGAGGUUCUUGCCGCCGCCGCGAGGGAGGGGAACAGGUGGCUUGCGAGUUGGGCGUUUUGGAUGCUGAAGAGGAGGGAUAUGGCUGUGCGGGCUUUGAUUGUCGCCGUCGUCGGCAGUGGCUCCGCCGGAAUAGCCGCGCUGUGGGCACUGAACCGCACGCAUCAUGAUGUCUAUCUGUACGAAGCCGCCGGACGGCUAGGCGGCCAUACGAAUACUGUCCCCUUCCGUCAUGGAAAGUACACCACGAUGGUUGACACGGGGUUCAUUGUCAUGAACACAGCUACUUACCCCAAUUUUAUCAACUUCCUCAAGAAGAUUGGAGUUCCAACCGCAGUGACGGAGAUGUCGUUUGGAAUCUCGCGUGACCAUGGCUUUUUCGAAUGGGCUGGCUCGAGCCUCGGGGCCAUCUUCUGCCAGUUGAGGAAUGUUUUCUCGUGGCGGAUGUGGCGGAUGAUAUUCGAUAUCGUGCGCUUCAACCAGCUUGCUCUUGACCUCUUGCGGUAUGAGGAGGGUCAUGACCCCAACUCAAAGAAGAGAAUUGACUUGGAUGAAUCGAUUGGUCAUUACCUCGAGCGCGAAGGGUACUCGGACGCGUUCCGCGAUGAUUACCUCAUUCCCAUGACGGCGUGUGUGUGGAGCACAAGUCCGGAUAAGUGUUUACUUGAGUUCCCGGCUAUCACGCUCGUCCGAUUUCUCUGGAACCAUCAUCUUCUGUCAACUAUUUCUAAAAGGCCUGACUGGCUGACUAUCCCUGAUGGCUCCAAGGCGUACGUAGACGCCGUCAUGAGGGGGUUCCCUCCCAAUCACCUGUUCCUGAACACGCCGGUCAAGUCACUCUCAAAUGACGCAGAUGGUCGUGUCCGCCUGCAUCUUGAAGGCGGCAAGUCUGAAGUUUACGAUCAUGUGAUUUUGGCCACCCACGGCGACCAGGCUUAUUCGAUAAUUCAAGAUUCUGCCACACCUCAGGAGAGACAAAUCAUGUCUUGCUUUGAGACCUCGGAAAACGUUGCUGUUCUGCAUUCGGAUCUUUCCCUGAUGCCAGUCUCGAGGAAGGCCUGGUCGAGCUGGAAUUUUUUGACCUUGUCAAACCCAGAGUCUGGUCGGAGCAACACUGAUCAGGUAAGCUUGACGUACAACAUGAACAUACUGCAGCACAUACCGCGGGAAAUCUUCGGAGAUGUGCUUGUCACGUUGAACCCACUCCACGAGCCGGAUCCCAAGACCGUGCAGGGGCGGUUUCAGUACAGACACCCCCUGUAUACACCAUCUGCCGUGAGGGCACAGGGAAUGUUGGACAGGAUACAGAACAAGAGAGGUAUUAGUUACGCGGGUGCCUGGACCAAGUACGGAUUUCACGAGGACGGUUUCAGCAGCGGGUUGAAGGUCGCGACGGAGCACCUAGGCGCCACCCUACCGUUUCAAUUCAAGGAUUCCACAUUCAGCCGGGGAAAGAAGCCGAGGCUGGGCCUCAAGAACCUGUUUAUCAGAAUGGGCAUACACUGGCUGCAGCUUUGGCUGGACGCUCUGGGUUGGUUUGGGAGGCUGGUAUUUGGAACCCCUGUGCCGGCAUAUCGUAUGAACGGUAACCGCAUGACCAAUGGCAGGAGGGUGAAUGGGGUGAACGGCGUAAACGGUGUAAAUGGACACCAUGGCGUGAAUGGAACAAAGGAAAGACUUGCUUGA